UCCCUGAACUGUUGAAGAGCUGUAAUUAAUCACUGAUUGCAGCUAUCAAGAACCAGGCAACUGGGCAUUACAUUCUCAAUGGCAAAGGAGAAGAUGCGAGAUCUCGGCGCUUCAUCGAGAUGGGAGUGGAGUGGGACUACCUCAUUGAGGACAAUGUCGAGACUCUUCACACUGAUGGUCCUCUACAUGAUGCAGUUGUUGUUCUGAUUUUACCUAAAGACAACGAGACAAGGUCCACGCUAAUGUACAGAUACAUCAUCCACGAAGAUUCAGUGCCCCUUAACAACAAUAAUGUCAUUCAGGAGGACACACAUGAGUGGGCACUGAAGAGCUGGUCCCAGUGUUCAAGGCCUUGUGCUGGAGGAUUCCAGUACACCAAAUAUGGGUGUCGUAAAAAAGGUGACAACAAAAUGGUGCACAGAGGCUACUGUGACAUCAACAAGAAACCCAAACCUAUUAGAAGAAUGUGUAACUUACAGGACUGUACGCAACCACAAUGGAUCACAGAGGAGUGGGAGCACUGCACUAAAACCUGUGGAAGCUUGGGAUACCAAAUCCGCACCGUGCGCUGUGUCCAGUUCCUUCAUGAAGGCACAAACCGCUCUAUCCAUAGCAAGUACUGCAGUGGGGAAAAGCCUGAGAUCAGGAGGCCAUGUAACAGAGUGCCCUGCCCAGCCCAAUGGAGAACCGGGGCCUGGUCAGAGUGCUCAGUGUCCUGUGGAGAAGGUGUGGCGCGACGUCUGUUCACAUGUCGUAUUGGAGAUCAAUGCACCGGCGAGAAGCCCGAGUCGCACAGGCCCUGCAGGCCAGGACCCUGCCAUGAUGAGCCAUGCAGAGGAGACAAGUCCAUAUUCUGUCAGAUGGAGGUUCUGGCUCGUUAUUGCUCGAUACCAGGUUACAAGAAGCUCUGCUGUGAAUCCUGCAGUAAGCGAAGUGGCACUUUUGCUCCUCUUCUGCACGAAGCUGCUAAGACGGAAGAGGAACUUCGCUUCGGUUCAGCCUCCCAACUUCUGGAGACACUCUCAGCCUCUGUAAAUGGAACUCUGAAAGUCUCACAGCUACACCAGCAGGGAUCCUUGUCACAAGGCCAAUUUUCCAAGCAGACCGCCACUCCCCCACCUCGCAAACUCAAUACCGAGAACAGCAAGACUCAAAAGCGCCUCAAACUCGGUACAAGGAAUCUGCCUGCAAUGACGAUCCAUAGCUCCUGGAAUGAGAAUGCCGCUAAAGAUGCGCCAUGGCAGCUGGAAAGUUUCCAAGAGAGUCAGUGGCCAACAGCAUCAUCCGAGGUGGAGAGAUGAAGGCUAGUUUGUCUCUUCUUUUUUCCUCUGGACUCUCUCUUAUUUGUUUGUCGUAGACAUAGACCUUUAACAUUCAUCUUUCCCUUCAGAUCAUCCUCAAGAUAUUUAAAAGCAAGAGAGAGUAAAGUGCUGGCUCACUUUCAAAUGUUCUCAAUUCUCCCGCCAGCAGUAUUUGUUUUGAAAACACACUUGUCAAUCACGCACUGUUGUGAUGGGGAACGUGCCAAAGAAGUUCUUACGAUGAUCCUCUUAGCAGCCUGGUCUAUGGGGGUUUGGUACACGUACAUUGAGACUCCGGUGGUACUCGUGAGGAAACGCUUGUAGUUGUAUCAAACUUCACAAUCUUUACGGUUUUAUUUUUACCAGCUCCAAACAUGUUUGACCAAUUAAUAUUUAUGAACGUUCCUGUAAAUACUGUAUAUGGAAAAUGUCAGUAUUAUUUUUACAAAAAUACAAACUGAGGAUUUUUAAAAAUAAGAGAUUCAGGAGCAUUAUCGGUGCUUUUUAUAUUAAGAACACUUAAAUAAUAUGCUAGGAAAUGUGCUAUCAGCCACAAGUUCAGCAAUGAUGAAUAUAUUCCAAAAUGGUGUGAGCCCCAGGAACAAAUAGCCAUAAAAUAUUUACUUUUCAUUCCAAAAUGAUUUCAUUCAUGAAUCAGCCUCUCAGCAAGUCAUCGAUCAAAUUAAUUCUCAUAGACUGUGAAAACUGUCAGGUUUUUUGUUUUCCUCCUCAUUUUGCCAUGUUGUUGAGGCUUCUCUUUAACACUUGCUUCUUAGAUUUCCCUUGUUUUGUCUUAUGAAUUCACCCUUGCAGCCAGAAGUUUAUUUAGCCAACAACAAAACUGAGCGUGAACAUCAUUAAAAGCAGCUUCACCAUGAUGUAGGAGACCCAUCAUACAUAUUGUGAGAUGAAUUGGAUGUUUAAGGCCAGAUUUCUGGAGAUCUUAUACUGUGAGACACUGCACAAGUGUCCUAUACUUGGAAUUUGUGCUCUGCAUUUAACCCAUCCAAGUGCUCACAUACAGCAGUGAGUAGUGAACAAGC